UCUUCCUGAUUUUGACUCACCUUUGGCUCAGACUCAGACCUUGCUCCAUUAAGAAAAAGCAAGCACGCUUCAACGGAAAACGUUGGAAUUUAUUACAGAACAGGUCAGGUGCGAGGUUUUCGUUACAUUGGCUGCGAUCCCGACGUGCGUGAGGCACUGGCAGAGGCUGGGACGUAACACUUGCAGCCUCGCCCCUGUUUAAAUGACCAAAGUGUUCCGUUCAAAAUGUCACUCUCACGCAGGGGACGAGCACUGCAAGCAGGGGAAGCCUCGACAUGGGCACCUGGAAUUACCUCUGGCAUUUCAUCCUCUCUGUUUUGCUCUAUACCAUAAUGACAGCGACUGCCACCGCUGAGAAGAAUGUAGACAUCUCGAGAAGCACAAACAACAGAACUGACCCAGCUCUAAACAGCUCAAAUAUCUCUGUGACAGAGCCCAGCACCCAAACCCUCCUGGGCAAAACCUCACUGUCCCCCUCCGUGAUGAUGAUGGUGGGUGGAGGUAUGGAUGAAGGGAAGAUGGACACUACACCCACAACAUCAGUGUGGCACGGGAGCUCACUGGGGAUGUCUCCUGGGAGUGGUGCAGUGAUGUCAGCAUUCCCAACAGGGAAUGGCACCACCACUGUCCCCAGCACGGGCACAGAGAGUGGCUCUGCUUCCUCCCCACAUCUCAGCUCAGGCACAAGGAGCCACUCUUCCUCCUCCUCCUCUCCUGAGGGCUCCCCAGCUGUGACUCCCAGCCCACAGCAAAGCAGCACCACUGGGAUGCCCUUGGCCACCACAUCCCGCCCACCCACAGCACUCACGUUCUCUUCUCUGUCCUCCACUGCUGGCAUUACGAGUGCUCAGUUCUCUGCUGGGACAGCAGAGGCCAAGUCACAGGGCCCAACUGCCCCCAGACCUCCCACCUCCAGCACCUCUCCUGCCUCAGGCACCACUGCAUCCAGCCCUUCAUCCACACCAGGCAGCAGCACGGGGACACCAGUGCCUCGACACACCUCCACACACCUCACCCAGGGACAGCCCGCAGAGGAGGUGUCAGCUACUUCAUCUCCCAUGAGGACCUCCUCGUCUUCCACAGCCACAGCCUCUGUCAGGAGCCCCUUGCCUUCCACAGACAUGGCCUCUGUGGGCAGCUCCUCGCCUUCCACAGCCACAGCCUCUGUGGGGAGCCCCUCACCUUCCACGGCCAUGGCCUCUGUGGGGAGCCCCUCACCUUCCACGGCCACAGCCUCUGUGGACAGCUCUUCACCUUCCACAGCCACGGCCUCUGUGGACAGCUCUUCACCUUCCAUGGCCACAGCCUCUGUGGACAGCUCUUCACCUUCCAUGGCCACAGCUUCUGUGGACAGCUCUUCACCUUCCACAGCCACGGCCUCUGUGGACAGCUCUUCACCUUCCACAGCCACAGCCUCUGUGGGGAGCCCCUCACCUUCCACAGCCACAGCUUCUGUGGACAGCUCUUCACCUUCCAAAGCCAUGGCCUCUGUGGGAAGCCCCUCACCUUCCAUGGCCACAGCCUCUGUGGACAGCUCUUCACCUUCCACAGCCACAGCCUCUGUGGGGAGCCCCUCACCUUCCACAGCCACAGCCUCUGUGGACAGCUCUUCACCUUCCACAGCCACAGCUUCUGUGGACAGCUCUUCACCUUCCAUAGCCACGGCCUAUGUGGACAGCUCUUCACCUUCCAUGGCCACAGCUUCUGUGGACAGCUCUUCACCUUCCAUGGCCACAGCCUCUGUGGACAGCUCUUCACCUUCCAUGGCCACAGCCUCUGUGGACAGCUCCUCUCCUUCCACAGCCACAGCCUCUGUGGGCAGCUCCUCUCCUUCCACAGCCACAGCUUCUGUGGGGAGCAGAGCCACGACUCCUCCCGGAGGAAUGGAAAGUUCCACCAUGGACCAGGGGAUCAGAACAUCUGAGCCCACUGCCAACACCUCCCAUUCCCUCCCUUCCACAUCCUUGGCAACCCCAUCCACGACAAACCUUAGUAUAACAACAUCUGUUAAUCCUCCUUUUACUGGAACUUGCUCAACAGUGUCCAUCGAAGUUCAGAGCGUGACUGGAGAAGAAAUACAGCUCAGCUGGACCAGUAGCAGCAAAGGCAGCUUCUACAACAUCUCUGUCAUGGGUGGAGAGGAGAUAAAUACAACAACUACAAAAGACACAAAAGCUGUGUUUAAAAACCUGCUUCCUGGCCAUGUGUACAACAUUUCUGUGGCAGUGUCAUCUUGUGCUAAUAAUCGUUCUUCAGUCACUGUCCGAACAGAUCCUACUUCCUGUUUUGAAAUAACUGAGUUUUGUUCAGCACAAAGUACUGGCUGUUCUGACUUAAAAGGCAUUGCAUGCUCCAGCCAAGCAUUUGCCUGCAGCGUUCGGUUAAAAAACGAGAUAUUUAAUAAUACACUUUAUAACUCUGCUAGUGAAGACUACAAAACAAUGUCUGAAAGGAUCAAAACAGACGUUGUUGAAGGAAUGCAUGCUGAGCUGCCACAGUGGAAUGACCCCUUCAAUAUUGUCAUGCUGGAUUUCAGACCUGGCAGUGUUGUUGCUGAUUUUUUCUUUCUGCUGCCAAAAGAAGUCACGGAUGUGGAGAAUAUACAGACCCACCUGAAAAAAGUAUUAAGGAACAAGUUUGGGCUGUUCCAAGCUGAAGUGCAAGCUCUGUCUGUUCAGUCAGCAACUGACAACAGUUCUUCCUGGAGAGUAGCAGUGAUUGUCCUUGGAGUUUUACUUGGAGUUGCAUUAGUGCUGAUUCUCCUGGCAAUACUGUUUUACAUCUAUGUGAGGAGAAGAUCAGGUAAAUACUUGGUUGAACCUUCAGGACUCAUCGGAAUGUUUGUCUACAAGCACUUAUAAGAUAAACCAUCACUUAAAUAUUAUAGGCAAGGCAGAAAAUUAAUAUAUUUAUCUUAUCAUUCAGUGUUAAUAGUGCAUAUUAACUUAGGAUAAUUCCACCCUUUCCUUCCCAAUGUCCAUUGCCAAAUUCAUGAGCUUCUAACAACAUUCAAUGAAUCUUCCUUUAAACAGGUAUGGAAUUCCCUACAUUGUACACGUGGUAGAGUGAGGAACAGAGAAACUUCUCUUCAGCCUAUCCCCUAUAGGUACUUCAAUGACUCCUAGCACUGACAAGCUAGAGAGACAGGAUCCAAACUACUCAAUACUGUAUUUAGGUGACACUGAAAACAGGGUGACUGAGCCUGGUAGCUGUGGCAGAUCACUUGAAUGCUCAGCUGAGCCCAGAGUCACCCUGUUGGGUUUUGUGCACUUGGCCAAGGGUGAUUCACCCCCCCCUGAGACUUUUAUCACGAUAUAAAAACUUUUAUCACAAUAUAAAGAUGCCUUUUUCUCUCCUGUGACUGAAGAAUGAGCCCAGGGUAAUUAGCGUCCUAGCAUAUGCAACUUGAUUAGGAGUUUGGAGAAAAAUGGCAUACACCUCAGUUAUCUGGGCUUGCUAUAGAAGUCUGGUGGACCAGAAACUUGAUUUGGACACUUCUGAAUUCAAAGUUUCUUCAAUUGCUGGGCUGUGAAGGAAUAAUUCUCAUAUGUGUGAAAUGUAUAGCAUGCUAAAUACAGGUGUGGUUCCACAGCAUAGUCUCAAUGUGUUAGUAGAUGGGGAAGGCAAACAUUAGGUUAAUUUGAGCUAAAAGUAUUUUACUCACCUCUUUUUGCCUGUCAAAAAUGGUUGGCUGAGCAAGGAUGUGCCAUAUAGUGCCAUAUUGUCCUGCUCUUGAUAAUCCUAGAGUCCAAUAGAAGAAACUCCUGUGGCAUUGAAGCAAGCCUUGCUUUAGAUUUCUUCUAAUUGCUUUAGAGCAAUUACAAGAAAUGAUCUUUACCUUUUCCCACCACUCUUCACUGCAGUCCUGGAGAAGUUACAGUCUGUUUCUACUGUGGUGCAGUUUUUCCUGCUUGGACUGUGCUGAACAGAUGAUAAAGGGGCAGUUUACUGCUGUUCAUAUUUCCAGCAGGAUUUAUGUGUUUCAUUUCAAACCAGCUCUCCCUGUAUCUGUACAUUUUGUCAGUCUGCCUACACUCGGAAUUCCUGUUGAGGCACUGAGUAUCCUGUGAUGUUGAGGCCCUGGCUCACACCCCCUGAACACCCCUGUUUUUUGGGGAUUAGGUUAUGGUUAUUUGGCACAGGUUAGAGUGAAUUGGUGUCAGGACUGCAGCACAAGGUGGGAACUCAUCAGAGUGGGGAUGCACAAACAGCUCUGCUCUGCUCCAUAUGCAGCCAGCAUUCAUUCUUUCAUCCCUCCAUCCUUGUGCUCCAACACAGCUCCUGGCAGAGCCCUGCCGAGGACCCUGGCUGGAAUAUUAUUUUUAGUAGCAGGGACCUAUGAAACAGGGUCUUGCAUGCUCUCCCUUUCACAUGGAGGUCUUGCACACCCUCCAUGCAGUGUCAAUUUGUCUUA